AAACCAGCCGUAGGUGUUGAAGGGUUGAGGAGCAAAAGAAAUCUGAAUACGCAUGACCGUCGCCCGGCAGCUCCCGCAUCGGCGAAAUCAUGCGCAGCACAUGUCGGAUAGCAUCGAGGUGGCCGCUCGCACCCGUGCACCGCCGCCUCCGCGGGCUCGUUGCCGCUGCCAUCUCCUCCACAGCGCCCUCUCACGGCUGCCCGCUCCAUGCCGAGCUCGCGCGCCGCGGCGCCCCCGCGGCCGCCUCCCUUGUCCUCUACUCCCGCAUUCGCGCCGUCACCACGCCCACCCCUUUCACCUUCUCCCUCCUCCUCGCUGCCCUCGCCUCGUCCUCUUUCACCACCUCCUCCACCGGCAGCGCUUGCCUCGCCGCGCCCGUCGCGCACGCGCAGGCGCUCAAGUGCGGCGCGCUGGCGCACUCCGUCGUCACCAACUCCCUCCUCAAGCUCUACUGCACCCUUGGCCUCCUCCCCCACGCGCGCAGGGUGUUCGACUCGGGUGCCGCUCUGGACGUGGCCUCGUGGAACACGAUGGUGUCCGGGUACGGAAAGAGCGGUGACCUGGCGGCAGCGCGGGAGGUGUUCGGCAGAAUGCCGGGGCGGAAUCUGGUAUCUUGGAGCGCGAUGAUCGACGCGCUUGUGCAUGCCGAGGAGUUUGGAGAGGCAUUGUCGGUGUUUGAUCAGAUGAUGAGGGAGGGUUUCAAGCCGGAUGUGGUAGUGCUGGUGAGCAUGCUCAAGGCGUGUGCGCAUCUUGGUGCGGUCAAGAGGGGUCGAUGGGCCCAUCAGUAUCUGGAAACGGAGGGGUUUGCGGGGAGGCAAAGGAAUGUCAUGGUUGAGACGGCGCUGGUGGACAUGUACUGCAAGUGUGGGUGCAUGGAGGAGGCCUGGUGUGUUUUUGACGGUGUUCGCUACCGUGACGUUGUGCUGUGGAAUUCAAUGAUCGGAGGGCUUGCAAUGAAUGGUCAUGGUGACCGUGCACUUGAGCUGUUCCAAAGGAUGCUCCAGGAAGGUUUUGUGCCAAAUCAGUCUACGUUUGCUGGUGCUUUGUGCGCGUGCACCCACACAGGCCAUGUGGAUGAAGGGAGAGAGAUUUUCAAGUCAAUGUGGCACCAUGGGAUCGAGCCACAGAGGGAGCACUAUGGGUGCCUUGCUGAUCUCCUUGGGCGUGCUGGGCGCGUAGGCGAAGCUGAGGCUGUAUUGCUGGAUAUGCCAAUGGAGCCACAUGCCUCACAAUGGGGUGCGCUGAUGUUGUCAUGCCAGAUGCACAAUGAUAUUACUGUCGGAGAACGUGUAGGGAAGCGGCUCAUUGAGCUAGAGCCACACCAUGGUGGACGUUAUGCCAUUCUGUUCAAUCUGUAUGCAGUCAAUGGUCUAUGGGAUGAUGCAAGAGCAAUUCGGCAGAUGAUGGUGGAGAAGGGAGCCAAGAAAGAUGCGGGCUUGAGCCUCGUGGAGUGAAAUGGUUGGUUCCACAAUCCACACACCGGACCAGGCAGAUCUAUGCCCUGCGGAAAGGCAAUUGUAGUGCUACCUGCAGCGCCCUGUUCAACAUCAAUUUAUUCUUGCCAUAAAGCAAGAACCUGGAGAAGAGGGUAGGCAGGCAGAUGUUCACCAUCCGCUCUGGUACUAGUUUUUGGCACAAUACCCAGUUCUGCAAUCUCAUCCCUCAUCCUUUCUCCUAUCUUUCUUGUGAUCCACAUGUGACUUAAUUUUUGAAGUGAGCAUGCCUUAGUCUUC